AUGUCACAGAUGACGUCCGAUGAUUCGCAGCAAGUCGGCGGGCCUUUGCAGCGGUGCCGUUGCGAUUAUCCGCAGCCGCCGGACGCCGAUCUCAUAACGGUGUCGGCCGCAGUGGAUUCAGCGGCGGAGGCGGAAGCGCAAAGGAAACGGCAGCAAAGGCUGCAGCGGAAGCGUGACGCGGAAGGAGAGGUGGAAAAGUCCUUUUGGAAACGGUGCACGACGGCGUUCGUGACGGAUUGCGCGGCUCACGUCAGACGCGGCGCCGCCCGUCUGUGUCCGAAGUGUUGCGACCGGUGA